CUCGCAUUUCCAUAAAAGGCAGCGGAGUGUCGGCUCAUUGUUCGCGGGGGACGGAUCGCAGAGCCGCUGCUCCUCGCCUGGUUGCGACCCCGAGGCCGGAGCUAACACAGGAACGGCAGUGAACGGAGCCGAGCUGUGCUGCGGGGCAGCGGGUAUGGGUGGAGGGCAGUGAGCGGCUCUGAGCAGCGGGGAGAAGCCGGGCAGCGGCCCGGACAUCGGGAGACUCUGCUCCGCCGCCGACACCGUGGGAACGCGGCUCCAGCUCCAGCGCCAGCCGAGCUACGAGGGGUGUAAAUAGUUUGCUGGCAGCAUGGCGCUGGACGGUAUCCGGAUGCCGGACGGCUGCUACGCGGACGGGACGUGGGAAUUGAACGUGCUUGUGACGGACCUGAGCCGGGAGGUUCCCCUGCGGGUCACCGGAGAGGUGCACAUCGGCGGGGUGAUGCUCAAACUGGUGGAGAAGCUGGAUGUGAAAAAAGACUGGUCGGAUCAUGCUUUAUGGUGGGAAAAGAGAAAGACUUGGCUCCUCAAGACCCACUGGACAUUGGAUAAGUAUGGUGUGCAAGCAGACGCUAAGCUGAUGUACACGCCCCAGCACAAGGUACUACGCCUGCAGCUGCCUAACAUGAAGACUGUCAAAGUCAAGGUCAACUUCUCCGACAGAGUCUUCAAAGCUGUCUCUGACAUCUCCAAGACCUUCAAUAUUAGGCAUCCUGAAGAACUCUCGCUCCUGAGAAAACCUAAAGAUCCGACCAAAAAGAAAAAACGAAAGACAGAUGAGAAAGACCAAGAUGAAGACGAUGCAUUGGAGUUGGAGGGACCAUUAAUCACUCCGGGGUCAGGCUCUGAUGUUCUUUAUAUUGGUCCGUCGAAAGGAAGCAUUUACUCGAGUCCAGGAUUGUAUAGCAAGACAAUGACUCCAACCUACGACUCUAGAGAUGGCAGUCCACUUUCCCCAACCUCUGCUUGGUUUGGUGACAGUCCCCUCUCGGAAGGCAAUCCCGGUGUGCUUGCAGUGAGCCAGCCAAUUACUUCCCCGGACAUUUUGGCUCAGCUGUUCAAGCCCCAGUCACUACUCGACAAGGCGAAGAUGAACAAAGGAUGGCUAGAUUCGUCAAGGUCUCUGAUGGAACAAGAUAUAAAAGAUAAUGAAGUUUUAAUGCUCAGAUUCAAAUAUCACAGCUUCUUUGAUUUAAAUCCAAAGUAUGAUGCAGUGAGAAUUAACCAGCUUUUUGAACAAGCUAAAUGGUCAAUACUGCUGGAAGAAAUAGAGUGCACGGAGGAGGAAAUGAUGAUGUUUGCGGCUUUGCAGUACCACAUCAAUAAGUUAUCCAUUAUGUCAUCUGAGAAUCACAUGAACAACAGUGAAAAGGAAGUGGAUGAAGUGGAUGCAGCGCUUUCUGACCUGGAGAUCACUUUGGAAGGAGGCAAAACAUCAACCAUUCUGGGUGACAUCACUUCUAUUCCUGAACUGGCCGACCAUUUAAAAGUUUUCAAACCAAAGAAAUUAACUUUAAAAGGUUACAAACCAUACUGGUGCACAUUCAAAGACACCUCCAUUUCCUGCUACAAAAACAAAGAUGAAUCCCAUGGACCCCCAGCUCAUCAAAUGAACUUGCGAGGUUGUGAAGUCACCCCUGAUGUAAACAUAUCUAGCCAAAAGUUCAAUAUCAAGUUGCUGAUUCCAGUGGCAGAGGGGAUGAAUGAAAUCUGGCUGCGUUGUGACAAUGAGAAGCAGUACGCACAAUGGAUGGCAGCUUGCAGGUUAGCGUCAAAAGGCAAGACGAUGGCUGAUAGUUCGUACAGUCUGGAGGUGCAGAAUAUCUUGUCAUUUCUGAAGAUGCAACAUUUAAAUCCAGACCCCCAAGUUAUUCCAGACCAGAACUCCACAGACAUCAACCCUGAAUGCCUUGUGUCCCCUCGCUAUUUAAAGAAGUAUAAAAACAAACAGCCAGGCUAUGUAAGGGACUUGAUCUCUGCCAGAAUCCUUGAGGCCCAUCAGAAUGUAGCUCAGAUGAGCCUCAUAGAAGCAAAGAUGAGGUUUAUUCAGGCUUGGCAAUCCUUGCCUGAGUUUGGCAUCACUCAUUUCAUUUCGAGGUUUCAAGGAAGUAAGAAAGACGAUCUGAUUGGCAUAGCCUACAAUCGGUUGAUCAGGAUGGAUUCAAGCACUGGGGAUGCAAUCAAGACAUGGAGAUUCAGCAACAUGAAACAGUGGAAUGUAAAUUGGGAGAUCAAAAUGGUGACUGUUGAGUUUGCUGAUGAAGUUCGGCUUUCGUUUAUCUGUGGUGACAUCGACUGCAAGGUCGUUCACGAGUUCAUCGGCGGUUACAUCUUCCUAUCGACGCGGGCUAAAGAUCAGAAUGAGAGCUUGGAUGAAGAUAUGUUCUUUAAGCUUACAAGUGGGUGGAUGUGACAGUGGAUGCCUUCAAAAGAUGUGAUUCAGCCAUCGUAAAGGUCUUUUUUAGAUGAGUUCUGUUACUCACAUAUAUUGCUUAUUCCAAUAAGCGCCGUGUACUGUAACCUUUUAUCAUGACUUUUGUUUUUGUUUUAGUUAUCAGAUCAGUUAACACUGUAUGUGCACUAACAGGAGCACCUCUUAGUAUCUAGCUACCAAACAAACCUACUGCAGAUUUGGGCAUGGCAUGCUCACCACAUGUGGGAAGUGACCUUGAAAGAUCCCUUAUCACCAAUCUGUUUCGUAAAGAAAACCUCGGAAUCAGCCAUACAGAUGCUAUAUUAAG